CAUAUCCAUUUAGUAUCGAAUAUAUCCGUUUCAUUCGGAUUCGGAUUCGGAUAAAAUUUCGGGUAUCCAUACCCAUCGACAUCCCUGAUAGCAACAACUACUUAGCCAGACAAUGCUCCAUUUUCUUUCAGAGUUCAAAUUUCGCCUUUGAGAAUGAAAACAAAAAUAAGAUUAAAUUAUACUAAAAUAAAAAUAAUUAGUUUUCAUUCCACAUGAACCACCGCGAAUCAUAAUCGUAUAUUUUGCAGCAUGUUUGCCAAUUUGACCAAAAGCAAAGGGCUUCUUUCCCUACCGUACUCCUUGGUUAAAGGCGAGACCCAUUUCCCAGCCUGUAUGGAAGAUAUGUACCACAACAAUCACUAUUUUCGAUAUGCGGUUGCUGUGGUUGUGGUAAUAGAGAUUGCGCAACUUUUACUAGCAUUAUGGAUAUUAGGGAGGUUCAUUUUCGCACCAAUUUCGCUUCUCAUUCUAAUGGCUUAUAAGUUAUGGAGCAGUCAUGUCUCCAUCGACAUUGUAGAAAAGUUUCUCCAAGACCAACAAAUGCUCUCACCUACGAGAUAUUCCUACACUGAUAUCAUUGCGAUUACGGGCCACUUUAGAGAGAAGUUAGGGCAAGGAGGAUUUGGGUCGGUUUUUAGAGGUAUGCUCUUAAGUGGCCAACAUGUUGCCAUCAAAAUGCUCGAAAAUUCUCAAUUCAAUGGAGAAGAAUUCAUCAACGAGGUCUCAACAAUUGGUAGGAUUCACCAUAUAAAUAUAGUGCGGCUUGUUGGCUUUUGCUCAGAAGGAUCAAAGAGGGCUCUUGUUUAUGAGUACAUGCCUAAGGGUUCAUUAGACAAGUAUAUCUUCUCGACAAGAGGAACUAGUAAUAGGCCCUUUUCCUGGGAUAAGCUCAAUGAAAUAGCACUUGGGGUGGCUCGGGGUAUUGAUUACUUGCAUCGAGGAUGCGACAUGCAGAUUCUUCAUUUCGACAUCAAACCACACAAUAUUCUCCUAGACCAGCAUUUCAAUCCAAAGGUUUCAGAUUUCGGACUUGCAAAGUUGUACCCAAAGGAUUAUAGUCAUGUUUCUGUUAGUGCAGCAAGAGGAACCAUUGGAUAUAUUGCUCCGGAAUUGGUAUCGAGGAACUUUGGGAUUGUAUUUGACAAAUCUGACGUCUAUAGUUUUGGAAUGCUAUUACUAGAGAUGGCAGGAGGCAGAAGGAAUGUGGACCGAUCGAUAGAAAAUACAAGCCAAGUUUACUAUCCUUCUUGGAUCUACGACCGACUUACACAGAACAAUGAGAUCAUUGAAAUAAAUAACAAUAUUGAGAUUCAUGGAGUAGAAAGCAAGCUAUGUAAAGUGGGGUUAUGGUGCAUUCAGAUGAAAUCGUCAAAUCGCCCUUCUAUGGACAAAGUUGUAGAGAUGUUGGAAGGGGAUGAGGAUAACUUGCAAAUGCCGCCAAGGCCCUUUUUUUCAUCCUCGCAGCAGAUCUCCGCAAGGCAGUCUUCUAUGCAAUCCAGUUCAACAGAAUUAUCAACCAUGCAUUUCCGAGCAGGAAGACUAUUCAAAUUUGGAUCGAUAAUACGAGGGAUGUAAAAUUUGUUUGUUCAGUUACUUAAAGCUAAGUUUGCUGUUGUGUGGAGCAACUAAGUUAUAUGCCAAUAAUUUCAGAGCUCAUUUCAUGGCUAGUAACAGAGUUGAGUGGUCUCCAUGCUUGUGUAUGCCAAUUUCUGUCAGAAUAUAUAGAUAAUUCUAUUUUAAA